GCCACAAUUUUCAAUUUUCCUCUCCAUCUUUUUUUUCGCCUUUUCUCCGCCCUUUUCCACAAGCUCUCUCCAUUGCUCUCUCUCUCUCUCUCUCUCUCUCUCUCUCCCCUCCUUACCCCAUCUGGGUCUCACUUUCUCUCUCAUCCUCAUCUCUCUAUCUCCACUCCUUGACUAUUCCCUCUAUUAAAAGCAACCCCCAUCAAAUCACACAUUUUCACUCCCAAAACUCACUCCCUUUUCCAUCAAGAAGAGAGAGAUUCUUGACAGAUCCAUCUACCGUUCCUUGUUCAAUAGGGUUUUUACUUUUUUUAGAGAGCUUUCCAACAGACUUUUGGAGUUCAUGUAAUUUUAGAGAGAGAGAGAGAGAGAGAGAGAGAGAGAGAGAGAGAGAGAAGACUUUAAUUGGAUUCACCACAUUCGUUGGUUUUGGUUGCAGCUGUGAUCUGUCAAACGGCCUACAUCAAGGUUUUCUAAGGAGUGAAAAAUGCCAGGUGGAAUCAUGAUGCCCGCGAGACAUAUUCCGACGAUGAUCGGAGGCGGCGGUAGCUCCACGGCGGCGGCUGGUGGUUUUGGAUCGACUUCCGGACUUACCCUUGGGCAGUUUAAUCCACUGGACAACAUGCCACACAGCACAGUAGAGGCCGAUUUCGGGAGGAUGAGAGAAGACGAUUUCGACAGCAAAUCGGGGAGCGAAAACCCCGACGGAGGUGGUGGCUCCGGGGCCGACGAUCCGGAGCCUAACCAGCGGAAGAGGAAGAAGCGCUACCACCGCCACACUCAGCAUCAGAUCCAGGAAAUGGAAGCGUUUUUCAAGGAGUGUCCACACCCAGAUGACAAGCAAAGGAAAGAACUGAGCCGCGAAUUGGGGUUAGAGCCUCUCCAAAUCAAGUUUUGGUUCCAAAACAAGCGCACCCAAAUGAAGAUGCAACAUGAACGCCAUGACAACACACAUCUCCGAAACGAGAAUGACAAGCUCCGGACUGAAAACCUGAGGUACCGGGAUGCUCUCGGUAACUCCUCCUGCCCGUCUUGCGGAGGUCCGACGGCCUUGGGCGAAAUGUCGUACGAUGAACAACAGUUGCGGAUGGAGAAUUCUCGGUUAAGGGACGAGAUUGAUAGAAUGGCAGCCAUAGCAGCCAAGUACGUUGGCAAGCCGGUGUUGAACUACCCCAUCGUAUCACCACCGGUGACUCCGCGAUCACUAGAGCUAGGGAAUUUCGGAGGGGAACUAUAUGGUACAGGAGACCUACUGAGGCCGACGGGUGGACCUACUGUGGAUCAGACAGAUAAGCAGAUGGUAGUUGAGCUAGCAGUGGCAGCUAUGGAGGAGCUAACCCGGAUGGCUCAAAUGGGCGACCCGUCGUGGAUCCCGGGCAUCGGAAGCAACACUUGUGUGCUGAAUGAAGAAGAGUACUUCAGGACGUAUCCGAGAGGGAUCGGGCCAAAGCCGUUGGGGUUUAGAUCCGAAGCAUCGCGUGAGACUAUGGUUGUUAUCAUGAACAAUGUUAACCUCGUCGAAAUCCUCAUGGAUGUGCAUCAAUGGGCUAGUGUGUUCUCUGGGAUUGUCUCGAGAGCUACGACUCUCGAAGUUCUAUCAACAGGAGUGGCUGGAAACUACAAUGGAGCCCUGCAAGUGAUGAGUGCCGAAUUUCACGUGCUUUCACCAGUCGUACCUACUCGGGAAACUUACUUUGUGAGGUACUGCAAGCAUCAUAUCGAUGGUACAUGGGCCGUGGUGGAUGUUUCUUUGGACAAUCUGCGGUCUAGCCCGGUAAUGAGGUGCCGAAGACGUCCAUCUGGUUGCCUGAUUCAGGAAAUGCCGAAUGGGUACUCAAAGGUGACAUGGAUAGAGCAUGUGGAAGUGGAUGAUAGAGGAGUUCACAAUUUAUACAGGCCGUUGGUCAGCUCCGGGCUUGCUUUUGGUGCAAAACGUUGGGUUUUCACUCUGGAUAGGCAGUGUGAACGCCUUGCAAGUGCAAUGGCAACAACUCUCUCUCCUGAUAUUGCUACUUCUGCCGUUAUAAAUUCUAUAGAAGGGAAAAGGAGCAUACUGAAGUUGGCAGAGAGAAUGGUUAUAAGCUUUUGCGGCGGAGUGAGUGCCUCCACUGCUCACACGUGGACCACAUUAUCAGGAAGUGGAGCCGAUGAUGUACGGGUCAUGACCCGAAAAAGCAUCGAUGACCCGGGUCGUCCUCCGGGUAUUGUGCUAAGCGCUGCUACUUCUUUCUGGCUUCCAGUCCCGCCAAAACGAGUGUUUGAUUUCCUCCGCGAUGAACAGUCUAGAAAUGAGUGGGAUAUCCUUUCCAAUGGAGGUGUGAUUCAAGAAAUGGCACACCUCUCCAAUGGCCGCGAAACUGGCAACUGUGUGUCAAUAUUGCGUGUGAAUACCAUAGGCGGAAACCAGAAUAAUAUGCUGAUACUACAAGAAAGUUGCACUGACCCAACCGGAUCUUAUGUCAUUUACGCCCCGGUCGAUGUAAUUGCAAUGAACCUGGUACUAGCAGGGGGAGACCCGGACUACGUGCCCAUUCUGCCAUCGGGAUUUUGUAUACUACCAGAUGGACCAAAUGGGCACGGAGGUGAGCUUGUUGAGGACGGGCCUGGUGGAUCUCUUCUGACUGUCGCGUUCCAGAUUUUGGUGGAUUCUGCUCCAAAUGCAAAGCUUUCUCUUGGAUCGGUAGCGACUGUCAACAACCUCAUUGCUUGCACCGUCGAAAGGAUUAAGGCUUCUGUGGCCGCCAACAGUGCUUGAAAUGUGAAGCCUACAAAUUGGUUCGUGGAUGCAGAAUAAGGAAAAAGAGAUUAAAGCCGAUGGAUGCCAGCCAUUGAAGAUCGGAAGAAGUCAAGAUCGCACCUUUUAUGCUCCUCUAUGGUGUCGAUUUUCGCACCCAAAGAAGCAACCUAAUCAUUUUACCAAAUUUGAAGGGAUUUUAGGUUCGGAAUUGACUUCUUGGGAUACAGUAAUUAGGAGAGAAGAAUAUAAAAAUACCUUAGUUAUGUAGCCUUCAUCAGAGCCUGAACUGUUGUUUAGUUUUGGUUAAUUUUAGGGUUAGGGUUGUGCAUGGGUAAGUGUUGGUACUUCUUAUGCAUCAUCUUGAUCGAUCCUUUCCCUUGUUUUCAUUUGUUGUGCUUUUUGAGCCUUAGUGGCUGGAAGAGCCUGAAGCAAACUCAUUUUCCAUUACUUUUUAACAUCUUUUAAAUUAUUUCGAAUGUUUUGAAUAUUUAAUUGGUGUUGCUUUCUGA